GUAUUAAAAGUCAACAAGUUAUAUUCCUUCAUUCAAAAAAUAGUUCCUAUACAGAACAAAGUCUAACUCAAAUAAUAUAUAUAUUAACUUCAUAAUGACUGAUGAUAAUCCCAGUGUGGAGGAGCAGCGCGAGAGGAUCGAUAAUGCCCUGCUGAAUGCCAUGGAUGAUCUGGAUCGGGACUAUCUCCGUGGACUGCAGAUUGAGAUGCAUACCUGUGCCACUGCCUGCUGCUCCGAUCCGGAUGCCAGUGCCGAGACAGUCCAGCGUUGUGUUGAUCGCUGCCAGUUACCUUUGACUCGAGCCCGGUGCUAUGUGCAACAGGAACUCUCCGAGUUUGAGAAUCGCUUGGAGGGCUGCAUGCGUCAGUGUCGCCUUUGUGGCAAUGAGGAAAUCCACCUGGAACGCUGCUCCAUUGACUGUGUGGAUAGCCAUGUGGCACAACUGCCCGAGAUGCUAAGAGCCAUGCGGAUCACACUGGAAAAGGGUCUCUAAAAUGGUUUUUUA